AUGCACAGCAAACGGCGUUAUCAAUUGACCACAAGUUCAAGACUUGUGUGUACUUUACGAAUUGGGCUGUAUCCCGAAAGUGGUAAUGUUAAGUUCUCCGACAAGUGGUGCGAUUUGGAAAUGCCAGAGGAGUCUUUAAUACCAGGCGAGACUGUCCAUGGGAGCUUGCAACAGUUGUACCAGAUGAAGAAACUUUGCCGAAGCUUGAAGGUGAUUAUGUCCGUUGGUGGAUGGGGAACAGAUCACUUGUUUGAUGCUAUUGUUAGUGACAAGCAGAAGCUUCAGACUUUUGUACUGAGCUCGGUGGAGUUUGUCGAAGAAUACGGGUUUGAUGGAGUCGAUAUUGAUUGGGAGUAUCCAAAAAAUUCUAGCCAAGCUCAAAGUUUUGUGGAUUUGUUACGCUUGAUGCGAGAGAGACUACCACCAAGGUAUUCCUUGACGGUCGCUGCACCAGCUGGAAAUGACAAUAUUAAUCACUUGCAUAUACAAGAGAUGGAUCAAUAUUUGAGUUUUUGGAACUUGAUGUGUUAUGAUUUCGCUGGUCAUGGCUGGUCACAGACGACUGCAUUUCAUUCCAAUCUAUUUGGUAAUAAUGGCGAUAAUGAUAUGAAUGUGUCGGAUGUGGUUCAGACUUAUCUUCUGAAAGGUGUUGCUCCAUCAAAGCUAGUAUUGGGAUGUCCCAUGUAUGGAAGAGUGUUCACGGGUGCACAAGGUUGUAAAAUAGGAGAGACAUUCAGCAAACAGCGUACCAACUCGAGCGACAUAAUCAACUAUAACGAAUGCAGUUGCUUCCCAGACCAACGAUAUGACGCGAAAAAAGUGGCAGCGUACGCAUACGAUCCCAAGACCAUGCAAUUGGUGACCUAUGACAACGACAAAAGCGCGAGGAUUAAAGGUAGCUUUGCUAAGUCGAAAGGCUUGGGUGGAGGGAUGUGGUGGGACUCAUCAGGCGACAAGGUCUCAGCUCUGACACCCACUCCAGAAUCUCUAAUUGCAAAUUUUGUCGACCAACUCGGCGGGUUGGCCCUGUUGGAUCGGACAGAAAACUGUCUACUGUAUCCAAAAAGUAAAUACUUGAGUAAUAUGAAAUCUUGA